UCUCGACCCUGGACGCCCAGAGGGCAAACGCAUUCGGCGCCCCGCCCCCGCACGAGCGCCGCCGCCGGCAAAGAGGAGUGAGGAGCGGCAACGGCAGACUCAGCAAGCGUAAGCGCCGGCCCUCCGUGACGAGGCGCUGCUGGGAAGGACGAGCGCGGACGCCCGACACGCAGCACACAGGAGCGCCGCCUCCAUCCACCUGCCCGCCCGCCGCCACAAGCGCAAUCUCCGCAGCGGUACAAGAGUGAAGAAAGAAGCAUAGAAAGGAAGACAAUAUGCCAAAGAAGGGGACUAAAUCUAAGGAGGUGGACAAUGCACCCAAUCAACAAGAAAACAAGCUUCCAGACUACCUGGAGGUCCAGCGCACACGUGUUGUCUGCAAUGCUGAUGCCCCCAUUCAUACUCAAGGUUACCAAUACUCGGGUACAUUUGCUGCUAUGGGAGUUGAUAAUAGCGUGUCAGUGGAGAAGUUUUGCAAGAACUUCAAAAUUGAAAUAAAUCGUCUCACUGAAGAUGAUAUGGAGUUUGAUAUGAUUGGUAUUGAUGCAUCAAUAGCUAAUGCUUUCCGGAGAAUCCUCAUCGCAGAGGUUCCUACUAUGGCAAUUGAGAAAAUCUUCAUGGUUGACAACACCUCAGUUAUAGCAGAUGAGGUUCUUUCACAUAGACUAGGACUUAUUCCACUUCGUGCAGAUCCAAGGCUUUUUGAUUACAUCUCAGAAAAUGAUGUCCCAAAUGAAAGGAAUACUGUUGUUUAUAAACUGCAUGUUUCAUGUCCAAAGGGUUCUCAACGAAUUACAGUGAAAUCUAGUGAACUAGAGUGGUUACCUGAAGGUAGCCAAUUAAGCAUGGCAGCCCCUGCGCAGUCUGGGGACAAACAGAAGACUUUCACAUCCUUCAGUCAAAGCCAAAAGGAGAUCUUAGAAGAGCCUCUUGGUGUGAAGUUUAAAGAUAUUACUAUUGCCAGGCUUGGGCCAGGACAGGCUAUUGAGCUUGAGGCACAUGCUGUUAAGGGAGUUGGGAAAGUUCAUGCCAAGUGGUCUCCAGUUGCUACAGCCUGGUACAGAAUGCUCCCUGAGGUUGUUAUUCUCAAAGAUAUUGAAGGUGAUGAUGCAGAGGAGCUAGUAAAGAAGUGCCCAGUUAAUGUUUUUGACAUUGAAGACCUGGGUAAUGGUGGAAAGAGGGCAGUUGUUGCAAAACCAAGGGCAUGCACACUCUGUAGAGAAUGUGUCAUGGGACCAAAUGGGAAUCAAGUUGAACUACGGCGUGUCAGGGACCACUUCAUAUUCACCAUCGAGUCUACCGGAGCUCUGCCCCCAGAGGUGCUGUUCACAGAAGCCGUCAAGAUUUUGGAAGAGAAAUGUGAGAGGGUCAUAUCUGAACUAUCCUGAGAAGCUGACAUUGUCCAACAAUGGAGUAAACCGGCUCAAUUAGUCUGCCAUAUCUAGUAUUUUGCUGCAGACUAGUGUAGCAUCAAACAUUUUUGUGGUGGAUGUUUAGGUCAAGAAAUGGGAGCUGAACUAGCACUGUUGUGCUAUAGAAUGGCCUGUAACACAGUGUGAUGUUAGAUUAAAUUAAACUGUGGCAAGCAACACAGAAUGGAAAUUGUGGAUUGAUGAAAUACGUGGUUGUGCCACAGGCAGAUAUCAA